AUGGACCCCCAACCAACAGGAAGAACAGGAAUUCUCGGGUCACCAAAAUUUAGGCAGUAUACAACUAAUUAUUGCUGUAACGUCCGGCGCUGUAAGUAGUUGCAGGUGGUUCUGUGUAUACAGGGCAUUGCUGGUAGUUGGUGAGGGACUUACUCUGGAGAUCUGGUGAGAGGACACAUGCAGUGAUGUAAGUUUUCUAACAUUGUAUAUCUGCAGUAACACACACACACAAUGAUACAUUAUAACUACAGUAAUGCUGUAUCUAUCACACACACAAUUAUACAUUAAAACUACAGUAAUGCUGUAUCUAUCACACACAAUGAUACAUUAUAACUACAGUAAUGCUGUAUCUAUAACACACACAAUGAUACAUUAUAACUACAGUAAUGCUGUAUAUAUCACACACACAACGAUACAUUAUAACUACAGUAAUGCUGUAUCUAUCACACAGACACAAUGAUAGAUUAAAACUAUAGUAAUACUGUAUAUAUCACACACACAACGAUACAUUAUAACUGCAGUAAUACUGUAUCUUUUACCCACACAAAGACACAUUAUAGCUAUACUAAUGCUGUAUUUAUCACACUCCUUGUUACUUUGUAUUUGUUUGUGCAGUAUCAUUGCUGUUUAUCCUCGUGUAUAAAUGUGGUAUUUUGACUGACUCAAUGAUUGUAUUCCUGGCACUGUGUGAUUGACUCAGUGAUUGUAUCCCUGGCACUGUGUGACUGACUCAGUGAUUGUAUUCCUGUCACUGUGUGACUGACUCAGUGAUUGUAUUCUUGGCACUGUAUGACUGACUCAAUGAUUGCAUUCCUGUCACUGUGUGGCUGACUAAGUGAUUGUAUUCCUGGCACGGUGUGACUGACUCAAUGAUUGUAUUCCUGGCAAUGUGUGACUGACUCAAUGAUUGUAUUCCUGUCACUGUGUGACUGACUCAGUGAUUGUAUUCCUGGCACGGUGUGACUGACUCAAUGAUUGUAUUCCUGGCACUGUGUGAUUGACUCAGUGAUUGUAUUCCUGGCACUGUGUGACUGACUCAGUGAUUGUAUUCCUGUCACUGUGUGACUGACUCACUGUGUGACUGACUCAAUGAUUGUAUUCUUGGCACUGUAUGACUGACUCAAUGAUUGCAUUCCUGUCACUGUGUGACUGACUAAGUGAUUGUAUUCCUGGCACGGUGUGACUGACUCAAUGAUUGUAUUCCUGGCAAUGUGUGACUGACUCAAUGAUUGUAUUCCUGUCACUGUGUGACUGACUCAGUGAUUGUAUUCCUGGCACGGUGUGACUGACUCAAUGAUUGUAUUCCUGGCACUGUGUGAUUGACUCAGUGAUUGUAUCCCUGGCACUGUGUGACUGACUCAGUGAUUGUAUUCCUGUCACUGUGUGACUGACUCAGUGAUUGUAUUCUUGGCACUGUAUGACUGACUCAAUGAUUGCAUUCCUGUCACUAUGUGACUGACUAAGUGAUUGUACUCCUGGCACGGUGUGACUGACUCAAUGAUUGUAUUCCUGGCAAUGUGUGACUGACUCAAUGAUUGUAUUCCUGUCACUGUGUGACUGACUCAGUGAUUGUAUUCCUGUCACUGUGUGACUGACUCAGUGAUUGUAUUCCUGUCACUGUGUGACUGACUCAAUGAUUGUAUUCCUGGCACGGUGUGACUGACUCAAUGAUUGUAUUCCUGGCACUGUGUGACUGACUGAAUGAUUGUAUUCCUGGCACUGUGUGACUGACUCAGUGAUUGUAUUCCUGGCACUGUGUGAUUGACUCAGUGAUUGUAUCCCUGUCACUGUGUGACUGACUCAAUAACUGUAUUCCUAGAACUGACAAUUAAAUCAUCGGGUGUUCAGGAAACGAAUUUAAUGCUCAUGUAAUAUAACAUAAUUUCUGUAUCUUUACAGACACACAUACACAGAAAAGGAGCAAUGGCAGUCACCGCUGAAAAGGGUAGAUGUAUUUUUGUAUUUCAUUCUUUUUUGUGCUUUUCUUGUUUGCCUUUUUUAUUUAUGUUUUAUUUUUCUAUUAUCAUGUGGUAUAAACCGUCAUGGGGCUAAAUAGAGUGCGGGGGGCAUAAGGGCUGAGGUGGGUACAUGCAUGUCUAAGGGCUGUAGUGGGUGUAGGGGGGUCAGAAAGGCUGAGGUGGGUGUAAGGGGGGGGCACAAGGACUGAAGUGGGUGCAGUGAUGGAUGGAGGCUGUAGAGUGUGUAGGAAGGCAUAGGGGCUGUAGUGGGUGCAGGGAGGGCAGUGGCAGUUGAGGGUGGACAUGGGAGUUUUAGUAGGUGCAGGGUGGAAUAAAAGCUGAGGUGGGUGCAGGAAGAGAUAGGUGCUGUGGUAGGUGUAAAGGGGGCACAGGGACUGUUGAAAAUAUUUAGAAGAAGCAUAUUUGCUGAGUUUCUCCCAGGCUGCUUUUUAUCUUCUUAGUGAUGUCACUUCCCAUCCCCGGACUCCACUUCUCCACCUCUCACAGAGCUCAGCACAGGGAGAUCAUAAAGGAGACCUGGCACAGAGAGAGCAGGGGGGGGGGCAGGUCUCACUCAGUAAGGGGGGGGGGGGUCAUUUAUAGUGCGAGAGUUUGCAAGGGCCCAAACCAAUGGCUGGAAUGUGCAUGGUAUUUGGCUUUCUCACUAGGAUCUCUGGUCUUCUCAGCCAGAGUGUUGCAGUCCAGCCAGUCUCCUUCCCUUGAUCCAUAACCGAUGGUCAGUCCGCUCCUAUGUAGAGCUACGUAAUUUUGCUUCCUACCCAGCAAUACGACAAAUAAAUACAUUUUCGACCAUGCAUGUGUUAACGAAUGUUUCUUCUUCUUUCUUCAGCCUAUUAUCGUUUUUUGGUUCUUUUCUUCAACUGCCUGCUCACGUUUGGCUCUUAUUUCUGUUUUGAUAUCCCGAGUGUGCUUCGGGAUCAGUUUCAGGGGGUGAGUAUGCAGAGUUUGUCUCUCAGCAAGACAGCACUAUCUGCUUAAAACUGUGGAGACAAAUUAAUUAUUUUGCAUUUCCUUAUUAUGAAUCUUCGAUUAGGGCAGCUACCCAGGAGACGAAUGGAUUCCCUUCGUGGAAGCACUCCCGAAUGGGGAGCGGGCACAAUGCACGAAAAUACAGAGAAACACAUGUAAUAGAAAGAGGAGAUCCACAAACAGGCAGCGGUUCCGCCACAGAUAUGUUUAUACAAAAGUGAACACUCAUGAAAUAUGGAGGGAGAAUAGAUAAUGUCUAUUGUGUAUAAUAGGAACAGGCUAUAGACUAACUAUCCAAGGACCUUUCAUCAAUAAUGUAAUUGUUAGGAAUUUAAAUUGAAUUUCAGAUUUUAAACCAAAAUAACCAAUUUGGAAAAUAUUUUCCAGGUCACUUAUGUCUUCAGCAUGUACUAAUAUUUUCUAGUAUAAUAUGUCUGACAACCUAUUUUGCCCUUAAUAUUGACAUUUUAUGGUCAUUUUACCCUGGGAUUUGAAAAUCAACUUUGAAUUCUGAACAACUCACACUUUUUUUCCCCAUCUUGAACACACUGCCUGCUGCUUCUCACUAACAUUUUAGUUUGCACAUGACAGCAGGUGUUCCCCACCUACACUUUACUUUUCCAAAUUAUUCCCAAAGCUUUUUUUAUGGCAGUCAUCUAACUGGUAACAUCUCUUCCCGGUGUUUUUGAUUAUAGAAAGGAAGAGGUUUGACUGAUUUUAAGGAAGGACAAAGCAAUCCUAACAUAGACCAGCAAAAAUUUUAGCGUGUUCUUUAAUAUUUGUUCAGUUUUGUCAAUGAAGACUGAUUUGCCUUUGAUGUUUAUCAUAUCUAUAGAGCUUGACCUGUCAAAACGGGCCUUCCACUAACCACAGUGGGGGCUGCGUGGAGGGUCUUGGGAUGAGCCCUGAAGAGUAUAAUUUGCUUUAUUCCAUCUACAUGUGGACGUAAGUAUUGACAAAGAUAUCGAGCAAUUCACAACUCAUGGUUGAACUAAAUUCAACUAGUGGGAACUACAACCUUCCCCAAAACAACUAUAGCUUUAGUGUUACUCCGUCUGGUCUAAAAUUUAAAAUUCGCUUCGAAUUUCCAGCAAUACAAUUUUAGGUAAAAAGCUUGCAGUUUCUACCAUCACUUGUUAAAAGAGUUUUUUUGUAAGGGUGGAAUUGUACAUUACUUUUUUCAUUCCCUUAUUUGCAUUUUUAUUAUUGAGGUUGUGCUUUUCAACAUAGUUUGAGAGAAAUCUCAACAAAUCCUUCCUGGUAAAAUAUUUUAUAAAUAAAUAAAUAUUGCUUUUCAUGCAUUUGUUUCGCUUUAACAGAACGUUUCCUGUUUGUGGUUGAAUGAGGUUAUUGUGAGUUGUAUCCCAAGGAUAACGAUGCAUUUAUUUGUCUACUUUGUUGAAAUUAAUGAUGGGUAGGUAACAGUUUUUAAUUUCUUUCAACAGCAAUGCCCUAGUGGUAAUAGUUGCUGGCUUCCUCAUUGAUAAAUUCGGAAACCGAUGUAAGUUAAUUGAAGCUGUUUUAUAUUAAUAAUUUUGUAUUUAGUUAUUCUGAAACCUUCAUUCCUUUAACAUUCAUAAAAAUGUGUCCACACCACUCAUUGUGAACAUUUGGUAGCUUGCUCAGUAAUGUGUAAUGUCUACUGAUAGUCCGUAGAUUCCAACCAUUUAACCCACAUUAACAUUUUAUUAUUAAGAGUCUCUUGCUACAGGAUACACAUAGUACAAAUGGAAGGAAACAUAAGUGCCUAAAAUAUACUUUCAGCAAUUGUAUAUUCUGUUUCUAAUACUAUUUUUGUUUUUCUCUUUUUUUAGUUGGACUGUUCCUUUUUUCACUUUUGACUGUUCUGGGCUCGGCCAUUUUUGCACUUGGUUCCCACUUCAAAGGAACGCCAUACCUGCUACCUCUAAUGCUAACUGGGCGGCUGUUGUUGGGUUCUGGAAAUGGUUCACUAACAAGUAAGUCAUCUGACUUUGGCAAAAAUAAUGGGGGUUUAGUUACAGUAUAUGAUCAUACAUUGCGUAAGCCUGCCACAACAUCAAUGUACCCCAUUCUGGGCAGGUCCUACUCUAGCAUGCCUGCUCUUAUGAGAUUUAUCCACUUACAUACAAGAUCCAGCCCACGCACGCAUUUAAAAAAAUUAUAUAUUUAGUUUUGUAAGUAACAACGGAAUAGGUAGUAAUCAUAAAUAAAUGAGUAAGAGAAAUGUUAGUUAAGAAAAUAGCUCUAAAACUGGAACAGAAGGGUCACCAAUCCUUUUAUGAGAUAAACAAAACAAUAUCACUAUAUUACUAAAAUGAAAGUGUCCGGGAGCUCAAUAGACUUCAUGGGAGAAUAAAGGUAACAAUAAAAAUAAAAAUAUAUCAAUAAGAAAUAUAAGCAUAAAAAUGAAAAUAAAUAAUAUAGAAGUCCAGGUCCAAAUAAGUCCAAAGGAGGGGCGGGGCCGGGCCGCCGGGCCGAGUGGACGCCAUUAACAUGAGCUCCUGCACUAAGCGGAUAAAAAAGGCACUAAAACACUCACCCCAGACUGCCUAACUAUGCUAUACUCUGCCAGAUUCAAACAGAGAACGGCACCAGCUUACCCCCGAUACCUGCACGAUGCCCACCGCAAGCCAGGCAAGCAGAGAGGGCCGGGACCGGCCUACACGAGGCAGAGCGCCAGAAUACCGGCGGCCAUUACAGGCAGCACGGCGCUGCGGAGCAGAGAACAGAGGCAUCCCGCUAUAGACACCUAGACAGGGGGAGAUACGCGGCCCGGGGCACGGCCCUGCCCCCCCCCCUUUUUUUAGCCGGCGGGGGAUAUCCCGGCUUCCAGGUGGAGGCACGGGUCGCAGCGGGAGUCCCCGUGCGGUCCGGAUGCCGACCGCCUGCACUGGCACCGGCUGCAAGACACUCAGCCAGCCAGCAACAUUGGAGGUACCCGCGGAGGGGCUGAAACACUCACCCGAGGAGGCACCCAGAUCGGUCCAAAGGAGACAGAACACAGAGGACUAAACAAGGGAGACUGACUGAGGCACCUCGUACAGGCCCUGGCGGUGCCGGGCGCCGGACAGACCCCCCACGCUGAGCUCCCGACCACUAGUGGAGCGGGCAUCUGAGCCUCUGGGUCUGUGGGGUCCCCGGAGAGCUUUUGUCCCUGAUGCCGCGAGCCCGGUGGGGCAGGACCAACGCUGCCCUCCCGACGGACCGGUGGUGGGGAUAGCCACCAGCUCCAAAUAUGUGGCCGGCACCGGGUGAGACAGCAGAGUGCGCGCUCGAAGUGGACUCACGUGUAGCUGGGGAGGUGCAGGGAGCAGACGACCCGCGGAUUUUGUGGUUGGGUCCAAAGGACGGUUCAUGCUCCUGAGUGCCCACAGUGCAGCGGAGGGCCCAGCUGGCGGGCGGGGGCCGGCUGGGGGAGGACGAAAGGAGGCCUGGCGACCCAGGGACAAUAUGAUGGAGACGCAGUGAGAGACUCCUCACAGACGGCCAUGCAGGCCGACAUGAUGAUUCAGCAAGGCAUAAAAGUUACCUCAUCAAGAUGUGCUUUCUUACCUCCAUAUAUGAUGUUUAUGUUGUUUUAUGUCCCGUAUAUGUUAGCGCCCGUUAAGACAUGGGACGCAAGCACUUAAUGUCAUGUUAUUUUUAUGAACCAAAUCGCUAGUAUAAAUUAAUCUGCAGUAGGAUACAACAUGGGGAGCAGCCGCACCUAGGAGGACUCGCCCUUUAUGUUUUUAAUACAUUAUCCCGCUGAAGUUAGGCGUUAAUACUAUACCCGCUCACUGUUUAAAGAUAUACAUUAAUAACUUGAACCAAGUAAUUAUUUACGCACGGGCCACAUGUCGCUCUUAAUAAUAUUGUAAUAAUUAUAAACGGAAUAACGGGGGCGUAAUGGCUGACCGCAUCAUAAUAGGCGGUAUACUACCAGGCCCACACUACACUUAGAAAACACAACGCCCUUUGAGCUACAUAAAGUUCGGUGCUUACUUAAUAGCAGACUAGUACUAAAUCAUGCCCACUUAUUAAAUACACAGCGCUCUACUCGCAAUACUAACACUUAUUACAAAAGUUGGUAGUCCUUACAUUGAUAACCAGAAACUUCACGAAACAUUUCCUGCCGCACAUGAACAGUGCGCAGUAUUGGAGCUCACAUACUGGACACAAAAACAAUUAUACCAUAUCACGGCCUGUAAGUUAGUGCUACAUAUAUUAACAACAUAUUAAAUAUCUGUGAUUUAUUUCUGGUUACACGUUUUAGACUCCGUUAGGUCCUUAUAGCCUGACCGUUCUGUUAAUGCUAUAAUUUUGCAAGGAAUCUUUAAGUGCAUAGUACCCGACUUUACAGUGAUGACUUAAGUUUCAGAUAUCUACUUAUUCAAGUUUUUCCAUAACAAAUGCAUUAUUUACGCUAUCUCCCCUGCGUGGGAAAACUGCUUGUUAUAUCGACCUUAAUAAAAACAGAUUUAAAACAAAUAAGUCCAAAGAGAAAUUAUAUAUAUAUAUAAUAAAUGUCACUUCCCUUGCUUGUGAAGACAGCACAGGGUAGUGGGACCCAAAUGCCAAAAUAGUAUACUUUCUUAAGAAAAAUGCAUUAUAGCUUCAAUAUAUGUAAAGUCCUACUACCCUGUGCUGUCUUCACAAGCAGGGGAAGUGACACUUUUGCUAUAUAUAUAUAUAUUAGAGAUUUCUCUUUGGACUUAUUUGGACCUGGAAUUCUAUGUUAUUUAUUUUCUAUUUUUCUAAAUUUUAAUUUUAUGCUUAUAUUUUGUAUUGAUAUACUGUAUAUUAAUAUUGAUCUAUUUUUAUUUUUAUUGUUACCUUUAUUCUCUAAUGAGGUCUAUUUAGCUCCUGGACACUUUCAUUAUAGUAAUAUAUUAUGAUAUUGUUUUGUUUAUUACAUUUUGUAAGCUUUAAAGUUGGUGUUUAGUGACUGAGUGAGUGCGCUGGAUCUUCUAUGUUGUAUUAAUUGGCCCACAGCAGCACCCUUAUAAUGUAGCAUGUUUAGGUGAGUGCAGCCCUCUUGAUUUCAUAGGUAAGUCAACUGGACUGCAAGAGGUAUGUUGCAGAUGGCCUUUAUGCAAAAGUUUGAAUUAGUUUUUUCCUGGCCAAUCCAUGUCAGCCUCACCUAUGGGUUAAUCUCCUCCCUUUCAGUCUUUUUUCCUGUCCUCCAGCUGUUAUGCAGCACAACAAUUUUGUAAUUCACAGUGCACCUGCUAUUGGUUUUCCACUAUGGCACCCCUGGGGAGUUCCGCCUUCCUCCCCAGGAAAGAACCCAGAUACAGCCCAAGCUGUUCACGACUCCCAGGAUUAGAAUUACUAUGUUAGUAAAUAGUAAUUUGAAGAAUUUGGACCUUAUCGAUUAUUUAUGUGCUAUUGUUUAUUGCUAUAGCUCUGUGUGAGGUGAUAAGGAAACCUAGUGUACCUAUUAGUUCCUGGGCUCCAAUUUGGGUGUUCCCAGAUGGCUGACAUGAUCUGUUUUUACUUAUAAGUGGCUUUUUUAAAUUUUUCAGCCUUUACAGUCUUCUCCUGUGCCCCCCGAGGUCUCCUAACCUAUUUCUUAUGGUUUUUUGAGUGUUUUGUGGCACCAAAAUUGCUGCCCUGCUGCUCUUGCGAUCGGCAAAAUCCAAGAUGGCCAACUGUCUUCCUUCAGUUCAUAUCGUGCGUACGCAAAUGGCCUUAAAGGGCUAGUUAGGUAUUUAAGGAAGUCCACAGGAAUUCUCUUAAGGUGAUAAUUCUGGUUUAUUCGAUUUCUUUUGUGAUUCCUUCUGAUCAUAAGUGUUGGAUUUAACAAUUUUUUUUCUUCAUAAAGGUAGGAUUUUUCUCUCAGUUUGUUUCUGUUUUUUUUCUGUUGUUGUUUACAUUUGGUAACUUCUUUUUGGUAAUGGUAGUUAAUGGAAAUGUUUCUUUGUAGCCCUUUUACCAUGGCUUCCUCUUCCUUUGCCUCAAGGAGCAGAUAUAGAAGGGUAUGGUGAGCUUUUUCAUUGUCUUAUGAAAUAGUGCCUUAUGACCACACCUAUGUAUAGGUGGCCCUUUUAUUAUAUAAAAUAUUGGUGAUGCACAUAUGUAAAUAUGUAUUAAUUGCAGCCAACAAAGUUCAACAAAAUAAAAAAUCCAAGAAAUGCCAUGGCUGCCCACCUGCUGCUAUUGAGGGGAAAAACGUCUGCAGAGAUUAUUUUCACAUUUUAUCAAGUAAAGGAGCCUCUACAUCGGCUGACACCAUAAAUCUUAACGUGGAUGAGGUGAUUUCUAAGGCUGUGGCUGCAGGUUAAAGAGGCGACUUGUAAGAGAGUAUGGGUUAUACAUAUAAUCUAGACGGAAAAUCCUGAACAUAUAAACCUGGAAGAUAUUAUACCAGAGUGCCAUAUUGGAAAGGACAACAGAGUCAAUACUUUCUCGAAUUCAAAGAAAAUAUUCUAUCCAUUAUGGCGGAGUCUACAGUGUAUCAAGAAAAAGAAAAACCUAUGAAACAAUGCCUGGAGAAACUCCUUAAACAGGUUAUUUGUCAUGUUCCUUCAAAAUAAAUAUUUAAAGUAAUUUCCAGGCUACUGGGAAAAGUUUCAGUUGCACUCUUAGUCAAAUUCAUGAGGCCCACAGAUUGUAUGAGUCUUCUGGGAACACUGUCCUCAAUAUGUGGAUUAGUGAGAAGGGUACACUGGAAUCUCAGAACAACAGAGAGGAAUUUUUUUUAGAUCAGUUCAUUCAAGAAAACCAAAAAUGGGAUCGAAAAAUUUGGAUAACAGAUGAAGUAAGAAUUUCUCUUCAAUGGUGGAUGAACGAGCAAACUAUCAUAAGAGACUUCCCACUAGAACAUCCAGAGUGGGAACUUCUGACCAUGGACACCAGCAGGAGAUUUUGAGGAGUUCAAUACAAGCAUUAUCUAGCCCAGGAAAGUUGGUCUAUGAGAUGUUGCAAUUUCCAUUCCAAUAUUCUGGAAUUGAGGGUAGUAUACAAAACCCUACUAGAUUUUAAGCACCUUGUGCAAAACAGAUGGGUGAAGGUACAAGUGAACAACAUAACCGCCAUGGCCUACAUCAAUCACCAAGGAGAUACGAAAAGCAAGAAACGCAUACAAUUAUAUUCUGGGCACAAUGGAAUAUGGAAGGGCUAUCUGCUAUUUACCUACCAGGACAACUAAACGAUGUUACAGAUGAUCUGAGCAGAUAUUAUGUACAUCCAGGUGAAUGGAAGCAGAGUUUGGAUACUUUGCAAAAAAUAUACGACUUAUGGGGCGUACCGGAUAUAGAUCUAAUGGCAAGCUUCAGAAACAAACAGCCCCCCUUGUUCUUCUCCAGAAGAUUCGACCCAAACAAAAGGUCAGGAUGCCCUAACAUAAAAAUUUAAUUUUCAGCUGGGCUAUGUAUUCUCUACUCUUUCACUAAGACAGAGAACACUCAAGAAGAUCUGGAAAGAGAAGGUAGAGGUAAAAAUAAUUUUUCUACAUUGGCCAAGGAGACCUUUGUUUCUGCAACUUCUGAGCCUGUCAGAAGGAGAACAGUGGGAUCUGCCAAUAAAAAUGAAUCUGCUGCUGCUCUAUUACAUUCUGUGCCUACCUUUAAGUAAUCAGAAAUAAUCACCCCUAAAUCCCUUUCCUCAGAUGUUGAGGUUAGGACUCUAUCAAAUAUUCUGUACUCUGCCCGUGAGUAUUUACGUCCAAGAUGUAUCUAAAAAAUGUUUUGUCCCCCUUUUUUUUACUGAGUUUGUUUUUUUCUAUUCUGUGUGUGAUUUGGAAGCUAUUAUAACUUGCUUAGCCUCUUUCUGCCUGAUCUUAUAAAUUUGUCUAUCUUCCUCACUCUGGGUUUUUUUAUAAUUACUAAAUGCUAACUGUUUUUUACUAUUUUGUCCACAUCUGCGGAGUACCACAGUGGUUUCUUGAAUUUUUUGCUUUUACUGACACGCCUAAUGCAAUUUUCUGUUGCCUUCAGCAGUGCAACUUUUAAAUAAUCCCAUUUCUCCUGGACUCCAUUUAAACUGCUCUAAUCUGAUAAUGACUCCUUUACACAUUUUCUAAUUUUUAAAAAGUCUGUUUUUCUAAAGUCUAAAACUUUUUUUGUGUGUGGUGUGACUCAGUCAUUGUUCUUAUAUUAAACCACACUGACUGAUGAUCACUGGAUCCUAAACUUUCACCUACAGUAAUUUCUGAUACCAAAUCUCCAUUUGUUAACACUAAAUCUAGUAUGGCCUCUUUACGAGUUGGCUCCUCAACGAUUUGUUUUAGAAACAAUCCCAGUAGGGAGUUUAGAAUAUGUGUGCUCCUGGCACAAGCAGCUAUUUUGGUUUUCCAGUUCAAAUCAGGACAAUUAAAGUCAACCAUGAUGAUAACUUCCCCCUUCAUUUUCAUGUUAGCUAUUUCCUAAACUGGUAGAUUAUCUAACUCUUCUAUUUGUCAUGGGGGCCUAUAAAUCACACCUACACGAGUUACUGUGUGAUUACCAAAUUCUAAUGUAACCCAAACUGACUCUAUGUUCGCCUCAGUAACUUUUAUUAGGCUAGAUUUUAUGCUAUCCUUCACAUACAAGGCCACCCCUCCCCCUUUCUUGCAUUCCCUGUCUUUUCUAUAUAAAGAGUACCCUGGUAUUGCUAUGUCCCAGUCAUUUUUCUCAUUAUACCAUGUCUCAGUAACAGCGACUAACUCUACAUUAUCAGUUGCCAUUAUUGCCACAAGUUCAUGGAUCUUAUUCCCUAAACUGCGAGCAUUUGUAGACAUGACUCUAAGCUUAUCAUUUUUUAACACACUUGCUACAGGCACCUUCUGUCCUUGUGUUGGGGGGAAGUUGGAUUGAUGUUUUAUCACCCUUUUGACCCCUCCUAGUUUAAAUACAUCCUAGCAAAACCUCUAAACUGCUCACUGAGAACAUUUGCAAAUCAUCUUUUUUUGCACAGGUUAUUUCCAUUCCAAACAGAGUUACAAUGGCAAAUGAAGCCAAAUCCUUGCUCCCGACACCAUUCACCAAGCCACAAGUUAAAGUCCCUAAUACGCAUGCGCCUGUCGUUAUGAGUGUUAUUCACAGGCAGAACUUCAGAGAAUGACAGUGUAGAAGCAACCUGCAGUAUAUCUUUGGCAUAAACACAAAAAACUUCUUUUACUUCUGAAACCUCAUUGCAAGCCAAGUCAUUUGUCCCUAAGUGGACAAGUACAUCCAAUUCCCCUUCCUGCUUUGCUCGCUUAACAAUAUUACAAAUACGUCUCCUGUCUCUGGGAGCAGUAGCUCCGGGAAGACAUCUCACAAGACCAUUAUUGUCCAGCUCCACACCAAUAACAACUGCUUUCUGUUAGGCCUCACCAUAGUCUCCAAGCCUGUCUCCAUAAUACCACUACGUGCUGUGCCUGAAAAUGUCUCCACAACACUCGAUGCCUGAGCCUGUCUCCACAACACCACUACCCUCAGUGCCUGAGCCUGUCUCAACAACAACACUACACUCAGAACUAUUACAAUAGAACAUCUGUUUACUCAAUUUAUUGGCAAUAUAAGGCGUUCUCAGAUUGGUUCCUGAAUUUACUCCGAAAGUUCUUUCAAAAUUCCAUCUGAACAAAGAAAUGAUACUGCUUUCUCUCUUUGAAGAAGAAUCCCUUUGGCACACUUUGGAUGUUGUCACGGCCUCUACCGGGGUUGUCUAGGCCUCUUGGGCGUUUUUGGUGGAUACUUUUAUGUAGGUAAUUUGUAGGGCUGUCAUCUGGUCUUCCUCCAACACUUUUGUGAGGCACUACUGCCUAGGCGUUUCUGUCUCAUCUUUCGGGAGAAGAAUUCUUGACUCUGUCAUUAACAUAUGAUUAAACUCUGAUUAGCAUUGAUAUUGUGUAUUGUUGUUUUAUUGUCCCCUCCUCCCCUAUAAUUAAACUUGGGAAGUCCCAUAGGUGAUGCUUACAUGGAUUUGCCAGGAAACCAGAACAUGUUUACCAUACUUACAGCUUUCUUUCCCUGACUCAUAUCCAUGUCUGCAUCAACAACCCCUCCAUUUUUUUUGGACCUACUUGAUUACGAGACUGCUAGAUCUGUGGAGGUGGCUUCAUUAUAUAACAUCAUAUUAAUUUUAGAUUCCUGUCAUAUCAGCUGAAAGGAAAGAGCUUAACCCAUAGGUGAUAGGUGAUAUGGAUGUUAGCCAGGAAAAGAAAAUUACGUAUUAAAAGUAUGGUAACAAAUUUCUGAUUUAAUUCCCAUUGCUGUGUUGGUUUGUUCACAAUUUUCCAUCUCUCCUCUUUAGUUGUUAAGAACAGAGUUACAGCCUUUUGGUUCAAAAGAAAAGAACUAGCUAUGGCGUUUGGUCUGAAUCUCACUUUCCCGCGGCUUGGCAGUGUCUUGAAUUUCUUCUUCACUCAACAGUUUGAGAGUCACUAUGGCAUCCCGUGGACUCUCUGGGGAGGUAAGUCUCCAAGGUCUUUAGUCAUCCAAGAGGAUUCUUUUUCAUGAAUGUUGGAACACUGAGAAAAAUGAAUCCCUGGCUCUGCAAUCAAAUCUAAAACAGAAACCAGCGAUAGCCUGGUCAGCAAUUUCUUUUCGAAAUAUAUUAUCAUGCCCCCCUAGGCACACUGGCCUGUCUUGAGCCAAUCCGAUGGAGUCAAACCAGCAAAGUUUAAAACGGGCUCGGGCCCCAGGAUGAUUAAAGAAACAGACUGGUUGGUUGCAAUUGCAGUAUCAAUAUACAAAAACAUAGAAAAUGAGAAAAGAACUACUUCUAAGGCAUAAACUCAUUAAAGUUUGUUGUAGUGACUGUAAGGUAAUACAGAAUGAGUGGGUUGCGUUGAAAGACUUAAGGUUGAAUGAGUGUGUGUAAAAGUAUGGAUUGGUCUCUUCAUUUGAUUGUGAAGUUACUUUUGAUCAAUGAUUGGAAUAUUAAUGUGUUUCAUUUCAUGGCACUGGCUAUCUUCAAACUUUAUUAGCUUCCCACUGUAGGCUUGAACCUCUUGCGUAAAAACAUGUUCGUGACCUUACAGGAUUUCUUUUCUUGUUUUAGGAACCAUCCUUUGCGUGCUGGGCUUUCUGGCAGCUAUCACAGUUAGUAUACUGGAUAACGUCGGCAUGAAGCAAUUGGGAUUGGAUGGAGCCAAGAAGGAAGAAUCCAAGAAAGUGGUAAGCUGGUUGCAAUACACUGGACAGAAUCCUGGUUUCACCAUGCAAUGACAUAUCAGGCUAUUACGACUACAUACAAUCUAACUUUGAACUUCUGCUGGCAUUAUGAGGAUCUGCAUCUCUCAAAAUGCCAGCAGAUUCCUAGGAAAUAGAAAUACAGUUAUGUUACCAUUUCUGUAUUCAUGUUAGUUCAUUACCUGUGUGCACCAAAAUGUGUAUUUGCCCUUGUAAGCUAACUUUUUUUUAAUACAAUUUUAAGUGUUGAAAGAUGAAAGAUACCAUAUAAUUUUAAAAAUGUUACAAACGCCCCAUGUUUGUUUGUUUUUGCAAAGGAUGAAAGCAAACACAAAGAAAAAUACUGUACGUUUCCCUAACUUUAUUUGGACGGCAUUCCAUAAACUAAAUUUUCCAGCAAACUAUGCAUGUACUUGUCAAAAAUGCUUUGUGUAAUUAUGUGAUUAAUUAAAUUGUUGGAAUAUAAACAACAGACUCUCUGUUCUUUAGCUAAUUUGUACAGAGCUUAGAGUAAUAUUGUGAAUACACCUUUCUAUAUGAUAUCAUGACUUAAUUCCUAACUGCUGCUUUUCUGUCGCUGUAGCGAAUGCAGGAUGUGCGACACUUACCAUUACGCUAUUGGCUGCUGGUCCUUUCCAUCAUGUUCUUCUACAAUAGCGUAUUCCCAUUUGUGGCAGAUGCCAGGUAAAUACUUGUCAUAUUUCAUAUAAUAAUAUUCUGCAUAUAUUAUAAAUCUUAAAGAAACACCAUAGGGUCAGGAAUACAAACAUGUAUUCCUGACCCUCUAUUGUUAAACUAACUAUUUAGCCCCCUGGCCCUGUCUUGCCCCCCUUAACUACAGGAAACAUUUCCCAGAGGAACGCAUUGGAUAGGCUGUAAUUGUCAAUUCUGAUUAUCUCAGCCGAGGAGAUGGGGCGGGGGUGGAGCAAACUGCCGCACUGGCCAAUCAGCAUCUCCUCAUUGAAUCAAUGCAUUUCUAUGGAGAAAGUUCUUUGAAUAGGCAGUGUUUACAUGAAAAUGCCUGCAGGGACUGACUACACUCACCGGAACAACUACAUUAAGCUGUAAUUGUUCUGGUGACUAUAGCGUCUCUUUAAAUAUAAAACAGUAGAUACUGUGCAAACAAAAUUACUGAAAAAAAUUGACUGGCAGGUAGGGGUACGGUUUUAGACUGGGGUCAUAAGUUAUUAAUGAGAGUUAGGGUUAAAAAAUUAGAACUAUAGAGGGAUAGGGUUGUGGUUAUGCUCAAAGUGUCAGUUUCAAAAUAAUAGUCUCAGAUUUCAGACAUAUCAAUUUUGCACCAUGCCUAACUGGACUUACUUUUUAAAAUCUAAUAUAAUCAGCAGCAGCAAUCUUGGAAAAGUUGAACCUGAUGAAUUUGAGUCUAUAGCCAACUCUGUUACUGUGUUCUCCUUUAGUAAGUUCAUCCAGGAUAAAUACGAGGGCUAUGACCAGAGGACAGCAGCCUAUGUCGCUGGGGCAGUUUAUGACAUCGCUUUGGUUCUGUCAGCGGCUGCUGGAUUGUUAAUUGUGAGUAACGUCAAAAACAAACAAAAUGCUGCUAUGACUAUCCCACUUGUAAACUAAUGUAGGAUUUAGUUUGAAUGUCAAACUUGCCGUACGGGAAUGCAUGGGCAAAAUACAUUGCUUUUGUCUGACAAUAUGGACUAUAAAGACCAAACUGAGUAUAGUGCAAUUUAGAAACAAACUAUUGCAAGCAGAAUUCAUCCUGCUCAAAUUGUACACAAGCUGGAUAUAGGAAAUGUAUACAGAUCUCUGCUUACUGGAGAAAAUCUAUAAAGAGUUACUCCAAGCACCAUGGUCAUUUCAGUGAUGCCUGGAGUCUGUAUGUGCAGCGUUUUUACAACGUUCCCCCAAUUUCUUUAUAAUUGGGGGAAUUAUUUCAGAAAGGGAUACUCUAACAAAAGCCAGUGUUUUAUGAAAAUACUGGUUCUUGGUUGGAUUAACCCCUUAGUCUCUUUGUAGAUUUUAUAUUACGAUAACUGUGGAAUAUCUGCUUCUAUAAUAUCUCCAUUGUUUUCCCCCCAGGACUACGUAGGAAUGAGGGGGGUGCUGGCUGUCCUUUGUGCUGUUCUGACACUUCCAGUCUUUGCUCUUCUGGCUUUUACCUUUGUUCCACCACUGGUAUCCACGUUGUGGCUUGGCGUUACAUAUUCCUUUGCUGUGGUAAAGUAUAUAGAUGUUUCUGUAGCCUAAACUCUGUUCUCUGUGGAUGUGUCCUUGAACACUACCGUUACAAAGCAACCUUUGCAUUUAUUCUGUUUUACAGGUAAGUAUGUGGCCUUCAAUACCCCUCGUGGCCCCACAACCUACCCUGGGAACGGCCAUGGGGUUCGCCAACUCCGUGCAUAUGAUUGGAAUUGGUCUGUGUAAACUAGUUGUUGGCAAAAUCCUUGGUACGGAAUCCAGGUAAUUCUAAAAUAUAUGAAGCCGCAGCUUAUUGUAGUAAUUAUGGUGAAUGCUGGAGGUUGUUUAGACCAGUGCACACAUCCUUCCAUUGCCAUAACUACAAUACUUUUUUGUUGUGCUUUUAGUGUUUGUUUAAAAGGUCACUUUAAACACUAUCACUGUGAUGGAGGAUUGCAUUCAUUCUCAACUCAGACUGGCUUAGAACUGAAGCAAUUUGUAAAUAUCAAACCACUCAAUGCCAGCCUCUUAGGCACCCAGGUGUCAAGUUAUACAUUCACAUCUUGGGCUGACCUCUCACGUCCCUAGAGAGAGAGCUGAAUGGUGCACAUAGUUUUCUCAAUAAACAGUGCGUCUCCAUAUAUAUAAAUAUAUUAUUAGAGGUGAUUUUUACACUAUAAUUUUCCUUUUAACUAGACACAUUUAAUGAGACCUCUUAUGUUUUUCUCUAAACAGUGAAGCCAGGAUCCCACAGUGGCGUUGGCAGCAGAUGAUGAUAUUCAUGCUGGCAAAUACCAUAGCGUGUAUAGCAACCUCUGUCGCCCUGAAUAUAGUGGACAAGAAACAGGUAAUUGGGGAGGGGAACAUGGCCUGGGCUGUGCCUGCCGGGACAUAGAUAAAGAAUGUUCAAUGCAGUCAGAUUCUGUUACUGUUGCAAAUAAGACUGGGCUACUGUAAGUAAAUUGAGAGAUAGACAACUUCUCAAGAAAAGGGAAAAUUAAUCCCCACCCAAAACAAAAAAUCAAACUGAGUGUAAGGGAGAAACAGAUCAGCCCUGUCUAGCAUCACACGGAUGGAUAUGAUACUAAACUGAAAAUGUAAUUAUUUUAUUUUAAUAUUGUGCACCUAGCGUAUAAGCUGUUCAAUCCAUCUGGGAGGAAAGUAAAGCUGGUGUAAUAUUUAACCCUUAAAGGAGACGAUGCUGGGAAAUAUUUUCUUUAUUGCUUAGUCUGGGUUGCAUGUGAAUGUCUUAUCUCAAUGGUUUUAACAGAAACUGUUUGCCUUUUACUUGAUCACAGGGUGGAAUACUAAACAAGAUGACAAAACGGGCAGAUUCCAAGGAUGAAUCAGAUUGCAUCCCAAUCUUAAACAUGAAGAAUGGCAAAUAUCAGGGCUAGCGGCUACGAUCCUUUGACAGACUGG